AUGGCAGAACAACCAUCCCCUAAUGCUGAUUCGAUUGAAAACGGUCCUCCGCAGGAGAAUGGGCAGCAGGAGAAUGGGCAGCAGGAGAAUGGGCCCAAUUCGAAGGAUAAGUCAGAAAUCGAUGAAUAUAUAGGUUUGGAUCGCUACAUCUCAACACUGCGCGAUGGUCGCCGAUUCUCCGUUACCAGCGAGGGUGGUGGUUCAGCCCUUGAGGAGAAGAAGAUCCCAUGGUGGGCCCCUUGGCGGCGCCUGCAUACGAAACACGAUGGGGACGAAGACGGUGAAGGGGACGGGUCCUUUCCCAUUCCUGACGCCUGGUUGAACACGGAUAUGCACACUGGCCUCAGUGAGGAUGAGAUAGAGUCUCGCCGUAAGAAGAUCGGGUGGAAUGAAUUAACUGCAGAAAAAGAGAACUUGUUUCUCAAAUUCCUGAGUUAUUUCCAAGGGCCAAUUUUAUACGUCAUGGAAAUGGCCGCCGUGCUAGCUGCCGGUCUUCGCGAUUGGAUAGACUUUGGCGUUAUCAUCGGUAUCCUCAUGCUUAAUGCAACAGUUGGGUGGUAUCAAGAGAAGCAGGCCGCGGAUGUUGUGGCAAGCCUCAAGGGUGAUAUUGCAAUGAAAGCCAUGGUGAUACGUGACGGAGAAGAGCAAGAGAUACGAGCACGAGAGAUUGUGCCAGGUGAUAUCAUUAUUCUGGAAGAGGGCUGUACCGUUCCGGGAGAAGCUCGCUUGAUUUGCGCCUACGAUGAUCCUCAAGGAUUCGAACAUUAUAAAGAGCAGCAAAGCUCUAUCAACGAAAAUGCGUCAACAGAGAAAAGCGACGCUGACUCGACUGAGGAAAAGGAAGAAGCAUGGGGAGCCUCUCUUGUGGCCAUCGACCAGUCUGCGAUGACGGGUGAAUCUUUAGCGGUUGACAAAUAUAUGGGCGAAAUAUGCUAUUACACAACAGGCUGCAAACGUGGCAAAGCAUUUGCUAUUGUGACGACGAGCGCAAAGUAUUCCUUUGUCGGAAAAACCGCCACACUUGUUCAAGGUGCUCAGGACCAAGGCCAUUUCAAAGCCAUCAUGAAUCAAAUAGGAACAACGCUUCUUGUCCUAGUGAUCUUUUGGAUACUGUGUGUAUGGAUUGGAGGGUUCUAUCACCACUUGAAAAUUGCGACUCCUGAAAACAGCUCGCAGAACUUGCUGCAUUUUGCCUUGAUUCUGUUCAUCAUUGGAGUCCCUGUCGGCUUGCCUGUUGUGACAACAACAACACUGGCUGUCGGAGCGGCUUAUCUGGCAAAGGAAAAGGCCAUCGUGCAAAAGCUGACCGCAAUUGAAAGUCUAGCGGGCGUCGAUGUGCUGUGCUCCGACAAAACAGGUACACUGACAGCCAACCAGCUCAGUAUUCGCGAGCCAUUCGUUACCGAAGGUGUUGACGUGAAUUGGAUGAUGGCCGUAGCAGCACUGGCUUCAUCGCAUAACGUCAAAAGUCUUGACCCCAUUGAUAAAGUCACCGUAUCCACACUGCAGCGCUAUCCAAAAGCCAGGGAGAUUCUUCGGCAGGGCUGGAAGACUGAGAAGUAUUCACCUUUCGAUCCGGUCUCCAAGCGUAUCACCACGGUCGCGACUUUGGAUGGCGUGCGGUAUACUGCUGCCAAGGGAGCACCGAAAGCGAUCAUCAAGCUCACGAAUACCUCGGAAGAAGUCAGCCGUAUGUACCAAGAAAAGGCAACUGAGUUCGCGCGGAGGGGUUUCCGCUCUCUCGGUGUCGCAGUCCAGAAGGAAGGAGAAGACUGGCAGCUUCUGGGCAUGUAUCCUAUGUUUGAUCCUCCGCGGGAUGAUACUGCUCGCACAAUUACGGAUGCGCAGAACUUGGGGCUGAGCGUGAAAAUGCUGACUGGCGAUGCUAUCGCUAUCGCCAAAGAGACGUGCAAAAUGCUUGCUAUGGGAACCAGAGUUUACAACGCAGAGAGAUUGUUCCACGGAGGCCUAACUGGCUCAGCGCAACACGACAUGGUGGAAAAGGCAGACGGGUUUGCAGAAGUCUUUCCUGAGCAUAAAUACCAAGUGGUUCAAAUGCUCCAGCAACGCGGACAUCUCACAGCGAUGACCGGCGAUGGUGUCAACGAUGCUCCAUCUCUCAAAAAGGCUGACUGCGGCAUUGCCGUGGAAGGUGCAACCGAGGCCGCUCAAUCAGCGGCGGAUAUCGUAUUCCUGGCGCCAGGUCUGAGUACAAUCAUCAAGUCUAUCAAGGUUGCUCGGCAGAUCUUCCAGCGCAUGAAGGCCUAUAUACAAUAUCGAAUCGCGCUUUGCCUGCACCUCGAGAUUUACCUCAGUACCUCCAUGAUUAUCAUCAAUGAGACUGUCCGGUCCGAGCUUAUCGUCUUCUUGGCGCUCUUUGCCGAUCUGGCCACCAUUGCGGUCGCGUACGAUCGCGCCCACGUGGAGCUUCGCCCAGUUGAAUGGCAGUUAGCAAAAAUUUGGUUUGUCAGUGUUCUGCUGGGUAUUUUGUUAGCCCUAGGGACCUGGGUAAUCCGCGGCACACUUUACCUACCUAAUGGUGGCAUCAUUCAGAAUUUUGGCUCUGUUCAAGAGAUCCUAUUUUUAGAGAUAUCUUUGACGGAGAACUGGCUCAUCUUUGUCACAAGAGGUGGUAAGACGUGGCCGUCAUGGCAACUGGUCGGCGCGAUUCUUGGUGUUGACAUUAUAGCAACGCUGUUCUGCCUGUUCGGAUGGCUUUCCGGGCCUGGAGAGAUUAGCGACCCAGCAGAUCAUGCCAAAUUCACGGCCAAUGGGUGGGUGGAUGUUGUGACCGUGGUUGUGAUCUGGGCUUACUCAAUGGGUGUUACCAUUGUCAUCGCGUUGAUCUACUAUGUCUUGAUGAAUGUCUCCUGGUUGAACAACCUAGGUCGCAAGUCCAGGAGCAAGUCCGACACCAAGAUCGAGAACAUUCUUGGACAUCUGUCAAAACUGGCCGUGGAGCAUGAAACAGAGCCUAGUGGCAAUGACGUUUAUCGACUAACUACUAAAACAGCGGUUGCGGAAGAUGAAGUAUGA